GUGCGGCGCCGGUGGCCAGAUUGUCACCGAACGAAUAAUUUUUUCCCAACCACAAGUUACUUCUUCUUCCUCAGUUCUUCUCCUCAUCUCCUCCCCCUCUGAUUAUUUACAACAACAUGGCAGACGAAGUAUCACAGCUCAGAGCACUGCUCAUCAACGAAUCCGGCGACGUCCCGCUCGGCCAGCGGUUCCGGGCGCUGUUCAGUCUAAAGUCGUUGGGCAAAGAGGGCGUUAACUCUGCCAUCGAUGCUAUUGACGAGGCAUUCAAAGACGACUCGGCGCUGCUCAAGCACGAGCUAGCCUACGUCCUCGGCCAGACGCACAACGUCUACGCCGUGCCCACCCUGCAAAAAGUGCUCAAAGACGAAUCGCAAGACCCGAUGGUGCGCCACGAAGCCGCGGAGGCACUCGGCGCGAUCGGCGACGCGCAGAGCCUUGAUCUGCUGCGGGAGUACUUUGUCAACGACCCGCUCGAGGUGAUCAGACAGACGUGCGAGCUCGCGAUCGCGAGGAUAGAGUGGGAGCAUUCGAAGCAGGCUGCGGAGGAGGUGUUGGGGCAGAGCGAGUUUGAGAGUAUUGAUCCCGCGCCGCCGUUGCCGUUCGAGAAGGCAGAUGUGAGCGAGUUGCAGCGGCAGUUGAUGGAUCAGUCGCGGCCGCUGUUUGAGCGGUAUCGCGCGAUGUUCAGGUUGCGCGAUAUCGGCACGCAGGAGUCGGUCGACGCGCUGAUUACUGGGUUCAAAGACCCGUCCGCGCUGUUCCGCCACGAGAUCGCGUACGUAUUCGGCCAGCUCAGUGAUCCGCGCUCCGUCGACGCUCUCGUUGAAGUCCUCAAGAACGAGGAGGAAGAAGGCAUGGUCCGCCACGAGGCGGCCGAGGCGUUGGGAAGUAUCGCGACAGACGAGGUGAUGCCUGUCUUGCAUGAGUUUCUGAAAGAUAAGGAACGCGUCGUGAGGGAGUCGGCUGUUGUCGCGCUGGAUAUGUAUGAGUAUGAACGGUCGGAGGAGAUGGAAAAUGCAAUAAAAGUUAUCUACUGUUUAUGAGUGCCGUAGGCUCUCUUUAUUUAAAAGCAACAACAAGUUGUGUGAAAGUCGAGAAGUGGCCUGGAGAGGUUGGAAGACGGCCAGAAAAGCUGGAGAGCGGUCGGGAAUAAGUGGAAAGCAAAGUUGGGUUGAUUAAAGUACACUACUGACACUAACGCCACUAGAAAUAGAAAAGAAAU